CAAAUACACACUUUCUCACUCCAAAACCUCGCCCUAGAGUCCCUCUAUUUAAACCCUCGCCCAGCACCAAAUUAGGCCCUUUCAUUUACUGUUCUGAGUUUUCUUAGUAAUCUACGCGUUUUUUUCUCUCUCGGCUUCUCCGGUUCGUCUUCCGUUAAGGGCUUGUUUUGCACACCAGAUGUCUUUUGAUUCCAGCAAGAAGUAUCAGUGGUUUGUCUGGUGUGCUUUCCGUUUCAUGAACCGGGAGAGACUUUGGUGCUCCAGAAAGUUAUUGUUUCGACAUUGGACUUGAGGGCCGAUUGCAAUUCGUUCACGUGUUCGUUUUUCAGUUCUUUUUUUUUGUUGGUUUAUUUUUUUAGUGCCAUAAAAAGGUUGUAAAGAAAAAAAAUUGUUCGCGGGAAGUAAAUUCAAGUAUUUAGAUUGUGGGGUGUUCUGUUGUCAUGGCAAGGACAUCCCUCCCUCCUGGAUUUCGAUUUCAUCCGACUGAUGUUGAGCUGAUUAUGUACUAUCUCAAGAGGAAGGUCAUGGGAAAGAAGCUUCUCUUUGAAGCUAUUGCGGAAGUCAACAUAUACAAGUUCUCUCCAUGGGAUCUUCCAGAUAAAUCUUGCUUGAAAAAUAAGGAUCUUGAGUGGUUCUUUUUCUGCCCAAGAGAGAAAAAGUAUGCAAGUGGAGUUCGGGUCAAGCGUGCUACUGAAAAUGGGUACUGGAAAACUACUGGAAAGGAUAGACCUAUCAGUCACAAUGACCGAAAAGUUGGAUCGGUGAAAACCUUAGUUUUUCACUUAGGCACUGCACCCAAAGGGGAAAGAACCGAUUGGGUUAUUCAUGAGUACAAGAUCGUUGAUGCCCAGUUGGCUGCAGCUGGAGUUCAGGACACAUUUGUGCUCUGUAAAGUCUUCAAGAAGAAUGGUCCAGGCCCAAAAAAUGGUGCUCAAUAUGGAGCUCCAUUUGAUGAAGCAGAGUGGGCCGAUGUUGAAGAUGACACUCCAAACCAAGCUAUGUCCUUGGCAUCUGAUGGUCCGUCAAGCUUGUUUACCCCUGGGAGCACGUCUGCAUUGCUUGUUGAAGGAGGUCCUUCACCUUCAGCUGUUCAUCCAACUCCAACUAGUGAGGUGCUUGUGGAUGAGACUGAUGAUGAGAUUGUUCGUCUGUUGGAAUCGUUUACAGAAGAUGACGCAUUGCUUUCUAAUGAGAAUGGAAUCAACCAGGAUGAUCUUACUGAAAAGGGGAAGAACAAACGGUUGGCUAGUUGGGAUGCAAAUGAUAUAUAUAACGGUCUUGAUGAUCUUAAUAGUUGGAACAGUUGGGCUCAGAUGUAUCAAGGCACUCUUGAUUUCUCAGGGAUGCAGAGAGAUGGAUAUCUUCUCAACAACAUACUUCCACAAGACAAUUCAGCCUAUAUAGAGCUUAAUGAUUUUCUCGCCCCGUUAAAUUAUCCACACAAAGUUCCUCGAACGGACCAGUCACCACUUGGCGACAUAUUUGGGUCCCACAGCUAUGACAAUGGUCAACAGUUCCGCCCUGGACCCAGUUUUGCUAGCACGAAUCAGUAUUCUUCUGGCCCGAAUCAACUGCCUAUGAUGCCCGAAGGAUUUCAACCUGGAAAUAAUUGUUUGGAUGGCUUUCAGAUGGCUGACAACCAGUUUUAUCAGGGAUCUAAUGUUGCAUAUGAUAUGGAUUUUGCAUUUGGGCAACCAGGUAAUAAUGGUUUCAACUCCAACAAUCAAGACUCGGAAAGAGGUAGACCUGCUGCUGAUAACUGAUGAAUUUGACAACAGUAUUCACAUUCUAUGAAUUGUUUCUUCAUCUCUAUAUAUGUAUGAUGUAUGCACUGUCAGAAAAUGGCAGUUUGAAGAAAAUUUGCUAAAUCAUCUCUCCCAGAGUCCAGCAUCCCUUGCGGAACCGGGAUUCUACUUGUGUUCAGGCAUGGGGGCUACUGAUUCUGUGUUCUGUCAAAAAAACGAAAAAAACACGAAUGUUUUAUUUUCUGUUAUUUCAUGACUUUACUAUGUAAAUGCAGCAUCUCUUAUUGAGGUUGCAUUAAACCUCAUUUUUUUUGUCAGGGAGGUGCUGCAGGUACCUUUUCUGAAGUUGCAGUAUGAUUUUACUGUUUUUAACUUUUUCUGUAGUCGAUCUCAUAUUUUAAAUUUUUUUUUGGCCAAAUUUAUUGUUCCAGGAAUACCUAAGAAAACGGAAUCAAAUCCAGCUCGCUCAACACCUUCAGCUGUUUAUUGUUCAUGUAGUUGUACUAGUGGUGGCUCCUCCAUACAUAUAAAGGCUGAGGUGACUCACGGAGCUGGUGAAUGCACUAACGAAGCUUUAUCAGUUAUGAUGGGGGGGUCGAGCAGCUGUUGGUGUAUCCUCCCUUUCUUUCUUUUUAAGCACGAAUUAUUAUUAUUAUUAUUGUUUAUUCUCGUGCGAAAUUAUCUGCUGCUUUUUGUGGUUUUCUUUUAUUAUUGCUACUUGAAUGAUGCUCUAUUUGUAUUUUUGAAUACUUACUGUGAUUGUUCAAUUGAAAUUGCUUCG